CUUUCAAAACCUUAAAACGAGUUGUGAAAGCUGAAACGAGGACGUGUUUGUUUGAAUGUCGUUUGGCGAUGUAAGACGCGCACGUGCGCACGGGAAAGGGGGAAGGGCUACAGAUCACGUGGUGUCGCCAUCCAGGAAGUGUGCGGCCCUCUUUAGGCUCGGCGGGCCAGGAUGUUGAUGUUGUCCGAAACAAAGUAACCCCCUCGCCGAUUGCACACUCGUCAAUGGCACCAUUAGACUGACCGUCUUUCGGCUAUCGUCUUUUGGUGAAAACACACGUACACAAUUAACGGUUUCAUUUUGUCCGAAAUGGCUCCUGGAUAAAAAAAAAAAGGAAAAGAAAAACGAAAGAACAUUCCAGAAGCAUAGCCGUGGACUGCAGGUUUGCGAGUGCGGCAAGGAGCUGAGCGGCCUGCUGUCGCCAAGAGAAGCGAAGAAAGCUCGGCAGCCGGUGGGCACGCACAGCAAGCAAGUCGCCGGACAUUGUGUACACGCACACAGAAAAUACAACACUUCGCCUUCAAUUGACACUCGCUUCCCUUCCCUGUUAACCUUCCAGAUUCUGUUCUGAGAGAGGUCCGACCAGUAUCAUCGCCAAGAUAGCUGGGCCAAGCAGGAAGCGGCACACCUCAGAUCCAGACCCCAGCAGCGGUAGUGAAUCUGGCGACGGGCGGCCCGUUAGCGCCAAGUGUCUGAAGAUGUCCAGCAACGGUGGCAAUGGGACCGCGGGCCGUCGCGGUGGCGCUCCGAAUCAGCAGAGGGGAGGUGGCGAACAUGGAUCCGAGCUGUCCUCUAGCGCCAGUAAGAAGAAGCAGAAGGACAGAGCUAACCAGGAGUCCAGAGAGGCCAAGAGAGCUGCUGUUGCUGCAGGAGUCGAUGGAGUCCUUGCAGAGGUCAAAAAAGAUGUCUUUGUGGAUUGGAAACAAAAUGUCAAUGAAGUGAUCAUCAAGUUGCGAUGUGGGGAAAGUGUGCAGAACAUCGAGGAUGUCAACACAACCUUCACUGAUACACACUGCCAUGUACACUUCUCAGAUGGUCGUGAGUGGACCUGCCAAUUGCAGGAGGAAAUAGAGGCCUCUUGUAGUAGAGUGCAGUACAAAGAGAAGGGAGGAUUUCUGUUGCUCACCCUGCACAAGAAGAUCCCUAGUCACAUUUGGCCUUCAUUAAAAUCCAACAAGAAAGGGAAAGAAGUCGGACCCAUUGAGACAAAAAAGGCCAAGCUGCCAGAAAGGAAGUCUGUAGCCGCAGAAUUAUCAGAGCAUCUCAAGUUGUCCUCCCCGCUGGAACAGCAUCAAUCUCAAGCUCCCUCGUCCCCCUCACACAAUGUAUCGAGAUGCAGCGGCAGCAAAGCUGAGCGUGGAGUUAAGCGCCAUCUGAAAAGCAAACAACUGUAUGACAAAACCUCCACGGACUGUGUGGCAGCGACAUUUGAAGGUGGGGACAGCGCAGCGGUUUCACUUAAGCGCGUCCCCGUUAAGAACAGCAACCAGCAGCCCCAAGAGCCAAAUGCAAAGCGCACCAUUACCCAUCUUCCCAGGAACACCAAGGAGGCCAAGUCUUCUACUGAAAGAGACAUGGACUCAGCUCAGACUAGAACAUCACAUGCACACCUUCCUGCUGUAGACCUCCCUCAAACACCACACAGAGAUGGAGACAAGAGUAUAGAAAGAUUAGUUGAUGAACAUGAACCUGUUGCUAACCAGAUUCAGGAGUCCGAUAAACCAUAUGACUCCCCAGACACACAGGACAGAGGCUCUGAAACUCGGGAUAGUGAAAACGAACCAGAAGUUCCUGUAAGCACAUCUGGCUCUCUGAAAACUUUGUGGUUUGAUAACCAUGUUGGUUCAGCCUUUCCAGAAAGGAGCACAGACGUAACAAACGCUGAACCAGAGAAAAUGGGUCAGCAUCACAAAUCGGUGCAGGAUGCUCAAACCCAUCACCAGCUCGGUUCAAGAGGGGCCACCCCUGUGCCCUCGCAAGAUGUGUCUGCCGAACAAGAGCCAACACCGGUUCUGACCCAGAUUCAAGGGAGCUGUGAUGGAGAGGAGAAGCGUGACCAGUCCAAAGAGGAGCCACCCCUCAUAAAGCAACAGGAAGUAGCGCCAGAGCCGAUGGUAAACCUGCAGUCUGUGAAGAAUGACUCGUACGAGAAAGGCACAGACUUGAUGGUAGUAAAUGUCUACAUGAAGGGCAUCUGCAGGAACACAUCAAGGGUCAUUUUCAGGGAGCAGGAUUUCACCCUCAUCUUCCAGACAAGUGAUGCUAACUUUCUUCGGCUUCACCCGGACUGUGGACCAAACACAGUCUUUAAGUGGCAAGUCAAACUCAGGAACUUGAUACAGCCUGAGCAGUGCUCCUACUCCUUCACGGUAUCGCGAGUGGACAUUACCCUGAAGAAGAGGCACAGCCAACGUUGGGAGGGUCUAGAGGCCCCCGCCACACAAGGUGCAGUGGGUGGCGCCAAGGUGGCUGUGCCCUCGAGCCCCACCUGCACAGAAAAGAGCCAACCAGGCAGCAGCCAGCACAGCAUGCCGACCAAGGAGGAACCCCCCAGGGUCGGUGAGGAGAAACCAAAGGUCCCCAAAGCCCCAGCCAGAGUGGAGGAUAGUGGUCUAGAAACUGUGGCUCCUCGUACAGUAGCUGACCACGUUGCCAUCACGAAGCCAGAGCCUACUGUUAUGACGCCCAAGCCGACCUGUAUGGUGCAGCCCAUGACCCAUGCAGCCCAUGCUAGCAAUGAGCACAAUGAGGAAGAGGAGGAGAAGAAGGUGUGCCUGCCUGGUUUCACAGGAUUGGUCAACCUUGGAAACACCUGCUUCAUGAACAGUGUCAUCCAAUCCCUGUCCAACACCAGAGAACUCAGGGAUUACUUUCAUGACCGAGCAUUUGAGUCAGAAAUCAACUGCAAUAAUCCACUGGGAACAGGUGGCCGGCUAGCCAUUGGCUUUGCAGUGCUGCUCAGGGCCCUUUGGAAAGGAACGCACCAUGCCUUCCAGCCCUCAAAGCUCAAGGCAAUUGUGGCCAGUAAAGCCAAUCAGUUUACAGGCUACGCCCAGCAUGAUGCCCAGGAGUUCAUGGCUUUUUUGCUUGACGGCCUCCAUGAGGACUUGAAUCGCAUUCAGAAUAAGCCAUACACGGAGACAGUGGACUCUGAUGGUCGCUUGGAUGAGGUGGUGGCAGAGGAAGCAUGGCAGAGGCACAAGAUGAGAAAUGACUCAUUCAUAGUGGACCUCUUCCAAGGCCAGUUCAAAUCCAAGCUUGUCUGUCCCAAAUGCUCCAAGGUGUCUAUAACAUUCGACCCCUUCCUAUACUUACCUGUCCCAUUGCCACAGAAACAAAAGGUGCUCUCUGUUUUCUACUUUGCCAAGGAACCGCAUAAAAAACCCAUUAAGUUUUUAGUGAGCGUGAGCAAGGAGAACUCCAGCACUGCAGAAGUCCUGGAGUCCAUCUCCAGGAGUGUUAGGGUAAAGCCUGAGAAUCUCAGACUCGCAGAGGUGGGGAAGAACUGCUUCCAGCGAAUGUUUUUGCCCUCCCAUUGCCUGGACACUGUGUCAUCCUCAGACAUGUUGUUCUGCUUCGAGGUGCUUUCCAAAGAUCUGGCCAAGGAUAGAGUGGUGUUGCUCCGAGUGCAGCAGAGACUACAGUUUCCCAAUAUCCCCAUCUCAAAGUGUGCCUCCUGCCUGAAACCUCCAGUCUCCGAGGAAGACAAGCUGAAGCGCUGUACUCGGUGUUAUAGUGUUGGCUACUGCAAUCAACUGUGUCAAAAGACACAUUGGCCCAGUCACAAAGGUCAUUGUCGACCAAACACUGAAAAUGUGGGUUUGCCGUUCCUGGUUAGUGUACCCGAGUCCCGUCUCUCCUACAGCCGCCUCACUCAGCUGCUGCACGGAUACUCCAGGUUUUCAGUCAAUGUGUUCCAGCCUCCUUUCCAGUCAGGGAGGACAUCCCCUGAAAUAUCUCCAGUACUCCCAACGCCACCAGCAGGUUCUCUAGGUGGUCCCUGCUCAGGAGAUGAGGCCAUGGGUGGAAACAGUAGUGUAGCAUUUAGUGACUGUGGACCCGAGACUGGCACUCCAAUACUCGACCCCCCGAAACUACACACCUGGACCUCAGCCUUUGACUCCGGUGACGCUGUCCCCCUUACCUCCCCCCAGACGUCUCUCUCCACCACACAGACUUCAGACUCUGGGUUCUCAGAGUCCAUCUCCUCUACUUCCUGCUGCUCUCUGGACACCCAUGUUGAAAAAGAAACAUCUUGUGAGAAGGCAGUACGACCAGAAGCUGCGGUAGCAGGGUAUCAACAACCUAAUGAUGCAUCUUUAGGGCACGCGGGUCAGUUCUACAUCAUUCUGCUGGAUUCUAACAACAAGGAGCAGAGACUGGAUGAGAAGGAAGACAUGCUGGUCGACCUCCCCGAUGAUACAACUGUGGAGCUGGUGUGGAAAAACAACGAGCGUCUGAAGGAGUAUGUCCUGGUGAGCUCCAAGGAGCUGGAGUAUGAGGAGGAUCCUAGUUCUUUGAGUGAAACAACCAGGGCAGGGCACUUCACCCUGGAGCAGUGCCUCAACCUCUUCACCAAGCCAGAGGUGCUGGCACCAGAAGAGGCAUGGUACUGUCCCAAGUGCCAGCAGCACCGCGAGGCCUCUAAACAACUGCUUCUGUGGCGUCUUCCCAACAUUUUGAUCAUCCAACUGAAACGCUUCAGUUUCAGGAGUUUUAUUUGGAGAGACAAGAUUAACGACAUGGUUGACUUUCCUGUCAGGAAUCUGGAUCUGAGUAAAUUCUGUAUUGGCCAGAAGGAUGAGAUGCAGCACCCCCCUAUCUACGACUUGUAUGCAGUCAUCAACCACUAUGGGGGGAUGAUCGGUGGCCACUACACCGCCUACGCUCGCCUGCCAAGUGACAAAAACAGCCAGCGCAGUGAUGUUGGCUGGCGUCUAUUUGAUGACAGCACAGUAACGAUGGUGGAGGAGAGCCAGGUGGUGACGCGUUAUGCCUACGUCCUUUUCUACCGACGCCGAAAUUCCCCCGUGGAGAGGCCGCCACGCUUUCUCAGGCCCGUUGGAGCGGACUCUCCUCCUGUCAUGGGAGCUACUGCCAGUCAGAAGUUGAUACCAGUUUCCGCCAAUCGCAGGCCUCUAAUAUGGCGGGAACUGGAAGAAGAAGAGGAGGAGGGUCUUGAUGUAAGCGCACAAGGACUUUUCCUCUCGGGGCGGCAACGGCGACAAGCCCAGAGGACAAGAAAUGAGGAAGAUGAGGACAGAGCAGAAGCGCCCCGUCAACACAUGAGAGGGAGUGGGAGGAUGUCAGAUUGUCCUGACAAUGAGCGUGUGCGAUAUUUUGUCCUGGGAACAAUGGCAGCCGUGUUUGCACUCCUGGUAAACUUGGUUUACCCUCUUCUUUAUAAAUCAAACUGGGCCUGAGUCGUAGCUUGUUGAUGAAUUGCUCAGGAGUUACACUUAAAAACUAAAGUUUGGUAUUUUGGCUGGAAGCCAUCUCAGUUGUAAUAGUACAGUGGACCCUCUGAACCUGACCAAAAAUAUGAAUUAGAAAAUUAUGAUCAGAAAAUAGGCAGCACGGUGCUCGACGGGUUAGCACGUCCGCCUCACAGUUCUGAGGACCCGGGUUCAAAUCUGGCUUCACCUGUGUGGAGUUUGCAUGUUCUCCCCGUGCCUGUGUGGGUUUUCUCCGGGUACUCCGGUUUCUCCCCACAUCCCAAAAACAUGCAUGGUAGGUUAAUUGGCAACUCUAAAUUGCCCGUAGGUGUGAAUGUGAGUGCAAAUGGUUGUUUGUUUAUAUGUCCCCUGCGAUUGGCUGGCGACCAGUUCAGGGUGUACCCCGCCUCUCGCCCGGAGAUAGCUGGGAUAGGCUCCAGCACGCCCGCAACCCUAGUGAGGAUAAGUGGUAAGGAAAAUGAAUGAAUAAAUGAUCAGAAAAUAGAACAAGAAUACAGAACCUGAGGAGUUGGUGAAACAAGACAAAGCUGGUCUGCAUCAGCUGAUCCCCUCCCUCCCACUCCUUUUUUUUGGGGGGGGGGGUUACUUUUUUAUGUUAGUGAUAAUAAGCCAAAAGCCUUGUUUCUGCUAAGAGCUCCACAUUUUAUUACUUUUCGAUUGUAAGAAGUCCAAUAAUAUCUGAUGGAUUCCAUUUUUCAGUACCCCUUUGUAGAGGUGUCUGUCUCAAUGGCAAGCUCCUCUAUGCUUCUGUGGAGCUGGAAGCACUGCUGCCUGUUGAUGGCUAAAAUAAAAUAUUCAGCAUUUUUAUUUUUCAGUGGAAUGCCCUGCCAACAAGCCAAAAAAAAAAAGAAUACUCAACGGCACGUUGAUUCAAAGCUGUUUCUUGUUAAAAGAUACUUUCAGAGCACGCCACUGUACCAUCACUGUUUUUGUUAAAUCACGUCAUCCCGAUGGUACGGUAUGAUGCCACUCUGUUUACUUGGCUGAAACAGCUAUUGUAAUCCCACCAACACAACGGUGUUGUAAAUACAAACCUGAUCAGGAUUUACCUGAUCAGAAGUACUAUGGUGAUCUGAAAACUGAACUGUACUACUAAUAGGAACAUGGUAGCGAUAACGACAGUAUUAAAAACUAAAUAAAAUAGGAACUUUGUGAUUAAAGUGGUAGUCACCAAGGUAAGCCAAGCUAUACAUAAAUCAUAAAUUUUAAGUUUAAAUAUUAAAAGGUUAGUUUUAUGACUUCAUUUUGUGCACUGAAGACAAUUCACUGUGGUAAAAUUUCAUAAAAUCUACUUCAUUUAAAAGUUGUUGGAUUGUAAAAUAUUCAUCACUGAAACAGAAUAGAUUAAUCCUGUUUUCUUUGGUGAGACUAAUUCAGAAUCCAAAAGUAUCGUAGCUCAAACAGUAUUCCGAUGGUCCACUGUAUUUGAGUUGGUCUUUCAUCUGCAUACAAUUUGUAAUAUGGUUCACAAGUCAAGCCUUUCAUCACAGAAGCUCAGGUAGAAAAUGUGAUAACAAUUUGGAUUGUUUAACUGUAGAACCAGCAGCUGAAUGUUGGGGUUUUAAUAUGAAUGUGACUUUUUGACUAAAUUUCCUCUCUGCAUUUAAGAGCAGGCAGGUUGUUUGUGGCUAUCAUCAGACAUAACGUGCUUAGUUCUUAACCUCGGAACAGAUGGUUAAAGUCUUAUUGAUCAACAUUUAUGUUCAGUUAUAGUUUUAAAUGUUUGAGCUACAUAACAAAAUGAGGGUUUCGGUCAAAAAAUACUUUUUUUGCGUUAUAUGUGUGUGUGUAGGUAUGUGUGUAGAAUGUUCAGUUCUUCAACACGUCCUCAAGUGAUCUAUUUGUUGCUUUUGUUUUGAUCAGUCUGUUUUCACAUUAGUCCUUUUUUUUUUUUUUUUUUUUUUUGCAAAUGAGUUUCUGUUGUAUUUUCUUUAUAUUAAGCUUAAGGUAAAAUUAGUUUAAGAUUAAAGUUGGCCCGAUUGUUGCUUUUUGUUUUUAAAGCAUCCACCACUAUAUUUUAUUACAUAUGGUGGCUUGAGUGGGACAUGCAAAUUUGAGUGCUUAAAUUUGACCUAGUUGGUUUAUUAUGUAAUGCUGUAUGAAUAUAUUUUAAAAUGUGAAUUUUUAUAAUGAUGCACAAAUGUGUAUUUUUAUAAUGAUGCACAGUAGGACAAAUGCACAUUUUAAGUCUGUACAUAUUAGCUCCUGUGCUACUGUCGUGAUUCUGAUUAGAUAUGCGGGUCUCAGGGAUUUUCCACUGUAUCCUAACCUGUUGCCUUAGUCCAAAUUAAAAUAUAUACAUAUAGAAUUGUACACUCCAAGUAUGCAAUAAUAGUGAUUUCAAUUCCUUGUCUUUUCUUUGGAUUGUUGCUUCUCUGUAAUCUGUAAAGGCAUAAGUUAUUACUUUACCUGCAAUAAUAAUGUAUCCAAGUUCCUGCAUCCAAAUGUUGCUUCCUAAUGUAUGUAAAGUUUUAUACAUUUGGAAAUAAUAAAAAAAUAAAAUAAAAAAAUCAUAUUUGUAGCUUCAGUAUCCUUUGCAUGAACUCAGCAUGACUAUUGACAGAAGAUAAAAUCAAACUGCCUGAUUUAUUGUCAAUGCUGAUUU